AUGAACACAUCAACCAACAUCAUGAUGAAGAAGAAAACCCAGGGCCGAAAGAAGAUCGAAAUCAAGAAAAUAGAAAAACCAAGCAACAGGCACGUCACCUUCUCCAAGCGCCGCUCCGGCCUCUUCAAAAAGGCCGGCGAGCUUUCCAUCUUAACCGGCGCAGAAGCAGCCAUUAUCGUUCAGUCUCCGGGAGGACGUGUAUUCGCUUUUGGCCACCCGAGUGUCGACGCCGUCGUCGACCGCUACCUCGCCGGAAGCUCCGGCUCUCAGCAUUCUGUGGAAGACGCCAUUAACGACGAUCACAUGCAUGAGUUCAAGAAACGUUAUUCUGAAGUUUCUGAAGAUUUGGAGGCGGAGAGGAAGAGAAAAGUGGCGGUUGAAGAAGCGAAGAGGGUGAGUAGUGGUGGGUAUUGGUGGAAUGAACCAGUUGAUGAUUUAGGGUUAGAGGAGCUUGAGAGGUACAUGGCUUCAUUGGAAGAGUUGAAGAAGAAGAUGACCAUGAGAGCUGAUGAGUUGAUGAUGAAUAGAAUUUCUUCAUCGAAGUCAUCGUUUUUGGAGGUGAAUCGAGCCCCAAAUAACAUAGGGCUGGCUGAUUAUGGUGAUGCUAUGAUUCCUCGUGGCUUUGUCCAUGGACAUGGGCAAAUUUGA